UUUUUGAGACUCGAAACGGAAGAAGAAGCAGAAAUUGGUUGGAAACCGAAUAUAUUACUACUGCACCGCUAUUGUCGGCAUCUGCGGCCUCCAAGAUGGCGGACCACGAGAAUUCCAGAAUCAAACACAGUGACCACUUGCUCUUGGACCAACCCCUCUUACGUCUCCCCCACGAACUGCUCCGCAAGAACUUCCGUGCCGCACACUUUGCCAUCGAGAAGGACACCUCGUCGCUCAAGUCCCUCCUCAAAGACUCGGCAACCGCAGCCCUCUCCGGCCGAGCCUCACAACAAGAUGUGCUGAAGAACCUGGACUCCAUGAUUAGCCGUAUGCGAGGCGUCAAACGCAAGCUCGGCGCCUGUGCCGAGGAAGAAGGGCGUUUGCACGAGCAGACAGCUGCGCGGAUCCAGCACCUGAAUGAGCUGUACACCAUGCAGAGCGUCGACGACGUCAAGUACGAGGCUUGGAGCAGGAAGAGGCUGGAUCGGCUGUUGACCGACUACCUUUUGAGGCACGGCUAUAACAACAGUGCGAGGGAGCUGGCCAGCGAGAAGGGCAUGGAGAAUCUGGUGGAUGUCGAGACGUUUGUUAGCAUGAGCCGGAUACGUGAAGCGUUACUGAAUCAGAGUGUUGUCGAGGCGUUGGCCUGGUGUACGGAGAACAAAAAGGAACUGCGCAAGAUGGAGAGCAAGCUCGAAUUCAUGCUUCGACUGCAGCAAUACAUCGAGCUCAUUCGCACACAGUCGGAGCCUAAACUCGUCGAGGCCAUUGCCCACGCCAAAAAGUACCUCAUGCCAUACUGGAGCACGUACCCCAAGGAAGUCAAACAGGCAUGCGGCCUUUUGGCCAUUCCCCCGGACGGCACAACAACCGGCAUCUACAGCGAUCUGUACAAGGCCUCUCGCUGGAAUGAGCUCGCCGACGUCUUCACCAGUGCCCACAACAGCCUUCUCGCCUUGCCAUCCGUGCCACUGCUGCAUGUUGCCCUAUCCUCAGGACUGUCGGCCCUUAAAACGCCAGCCUGCCACUCGUCGCAUCUUGACGAGGCAUACAACGAGGCGGGCUCAUCUACUCUAGGCCACGGCGUCUGUCCCAUUUGCUCAACCGAGCUCAACGACUUGGCCCGGAAUGUGCCCUAUGCGCAUCACACGAAGAGCCACGUUGAGCACGACCUGUUCCUGCUUCCCAACGGCAGGGUGUACGGCAAAGAGCGCCUGGAUGAUUAUGCCAGGAAGUCGGGCUUGCCGCCCAGCAUGGUCAAGGAUCCGAUCACUGGGGAAGUGUUCUUUAACGAGCUGCUCAAGAAGGUAUUUAUCACUUGAACUCUCCGAGGGAGCUCUAUGCCUGCCGCUUUUUGCUAUUAUUCGUCCACUCUGUGGAUAUGGGGACUGUCGGUUUCUCCCCCUCCCUUUUUUUUGCUGAUGCUUGACAUGAUAAGUCUUGGUCAUUAGGAAAUUGUAGUUUGGUUUACUGGUUUCGUUUUGUUUGGCACUCUCAGAUUUCACAGCAUGGGGCAUGUUUAUUGCGGGACACUGUAUCACUUCUUCCUUUGCUCUUCUUUGUUCUUUAGCCAGGGUGUUACUUUGCAGUAUGGCUUUUGAGUAUUCCUGACAAGUCAUUCAAUAAUUACCUCUUUUUGUGAUUC